CAAAUGAACACAGAUUUGAAAAAAAUCGUUUUGUAAUGAAAUACAUGAAAUGAAUGCGGAGAAUAUUCAAGUAUUUCAGAACAAAACACGAAAUUCAAAUGGAAUUUGUAGACUUUGUGGAAGGCAAGACUUGAAACUGAUCAAUAUCAAUUCAGAGGAAGGAUUAAAAAAUGAAUUAUACAACAAAAUUGAAUUGCAUAUACCUAUUAAAUUAAUAGAAUCUACGAAUACAUCUUUUGAAUGCUGUAUGGAGUGUGUAAAGCUGAUUGUUUCUUGGCAUAAUUUUGUACUAAAGGUAUUGGAAACAAAUCAAACAGUGUCCAACUCCACAGCCACAACUGUAUCAAUCAAUGACGAUUCUGAGAAGAGGGAUAUACAAUUAUCAGCUCCCACAAGUCUACAAGCAUUCCCCCAAGAUUCAGAAAAUGAGAUACCAGAAAACAUUUCGAAUGAAUCAGAUUUAAAAUAUGAGAGAGAAAUUAGCGACAAAGAAGUUGGUAUUUGUAAUAACACACGGCAAUCAUUGGAAUUUUCCAAAUAUAAGGAAGAAGUACAUCAGGAAGAUAAAUCUUUCUUUUCUGUACAAUUUGAUACUUGUACUGAAACAUACAAAUCAGAUAAAGUGAGGUGUAAUAUUGAUCAAAAAUAUUCAGAUGAUUCUGAUGGAGAAAAGUGCCAAAAUCCUAUGAAAGAUAAAAUGAAAUCAAUUCGCACCAAGAUUGAUCCUAAAAUUAUUGAUGAAGCAAAGGUUGUUGUUGGUGAUAGGAUCUAUUAUAACUGUAAAGAAUGCGGAAAAAGCUUACUUUCUCCCUAUACUUAUGUUUGGCAUAUGCGCAUCCACACUGGAGAAAGACCAUUCAUGUGUGACUUAUGUGGAAAGCAAUUUCGAGUAUCCCAAGGACUAGUGCGACAUCUUAAAGAAACCCAUAAAAGAAUUAAAAAUUUUCCAUGUGAUUUGUGUGGACGAAUGUUUGCAACAAAAAGGAAUGUAGAAGAACAUCGAAGGAUACAUACAAAUGAAAGACCCUAUGUUUGUGCUUUGUGUAAUAAAAGCUUCAAGCAGAAGGCUUCUCUGUUUGUGCAUAAUCGAACGCAUUCAAAUAAUUUUCCAUUCAAAUGUGAAUAUUGCGAUCAAAGUUUUCGUACAAAACCCCCUUUGUUAAUCCAUGUCACUAAGCACACAGGACAAAAACCAUAUCCUUGUGAUAUUUGUGGGCGUUGCUUCAGAAUCAAGUAUGAGCUGAAACGUCAUAAACUUGUGCAUUCUGAAGAAAAGCCAUAUGUUUGUUCAAGCUGUGGUUUGAGAUUCAAACAAAAGAGGUACCUUAGAAAUCAUUUCAAAACAAACCAUACAAAUGUAACAUGAUUUGGGUAUGCCUCACCCAAAAUUGUGAUCAAGUAACUUAAAUUGUAUCUAUCUUUAUGGAUUUCACAUUAAUUAACCACUGAGUUCAAUGUUCAGUGAACAGUUGUUUGCCAUUUAGUUUUUAUUGAUAAUAUGUCUGUAGUAAAAGUGAAUCUGAAUUUUUCAUAGAUAUAUGAAAAUUUGCUAAGAAAAGCUGACAAGAUUAUAAUUACUGCUUGUAUCAAGUUUGUCAUUUUGUGAGGGUAAAUUGGGUCAUACUCAAAAAAUAAAUUUUUAUUCUCAUCAA